AUGUAAAUAUCACAUCAAUCAUUAUCCCUUACAGGAUGGCUACAUGAAUAAGAUCAAUAGAAUUUGCCACAAAUUUAUUAAGUAGUGAAUUGUAAUUCUAUUUCAAUUAAUAUUAUAUCAUAGAGAUUGUUAACAGGAAGCAACAAGCAUAGAAGAGAAGUGUGAGUUUGUGCUAAAGAAGGUAAGAUUAUGAACCAAAUAAAUCAAGUAUUUCAUUUUAUUAUUCCAGAUCUUAUUGAUUAGACCAGGAACUAAAGUUCAAUAUUUAGACCCCCAAGAGUUCCAACCACUUAAAACAAGAUCUUAGAAUUAAAAAAAGUUAUGGAAUUUCUGUAGCACAAUGAACAAUAUAAAUAUGAUACUCAUAGAGUAUUCAAUUUAAAUGAUCCUAAGUUUUAAAAGGAGACUUUAUCAAUCAUUGAACAGAAGAAGGAAUAGUUUAAAAUCAGAUUAAAGUAUUGUUUAUCUCAAAAAUAGUCAAUAAUAAAAUAAAAGAUACUUAAUACCACUCUCGGAAAUCAAUUCUACUAACACCUCGACUGAUAGACAAAAAUAUAGUAAGACAAAAAACCAGCAGAAAAAAACUCAUUUUAAAACAGAUUAACAAUUUGAAAUUAAAAAAUCCAACUCGACAAACAGAAUUUAGAGUAUCAAAGAUAUUAUGCCCAAAAUUUUAAAGCAUAAUGAAACUCCUGGUACAAUAAAUACAUAAGUCAUAUAAAAAGGAUUAGAAUUUUUAUAAUAAAUGGUAGAAAGACAAAAGGAGAACAUCUAGCAUUAUUUACCAAAACAAUAAAAAUAUUUGAAAUGA